AUGUCCCGCGCAAACCCGCCCAAUAACGCGUCGGCGUCGCGCAAAAUUUCCUUCAACGUCAGCGAGCAGUACGAUAUUCAGGAUGUUGUCGGUGAAGGCGCCUACGGUGUUGUCUGCUCUGCCAUUCACAAGCCAUCUGGUCAAAAAGUGGCCAUCAAGAAGAUUACACCGUUUGAUCAUUCCAUGUUUUGUCUCCGAACACUUCGCGAAAUGAAGCUUCUCCGAUACUUCAACCAUGAAAACAUUAUCUCUAUUCUCGAUAUCCAGAAGCCCAGAGGCUAUGACUCGUUCAACGAAGUCUAUCUCAUCCAGGAGCUCAUGGAGACCGACAUGCACCGAGUCAUUCGCACCCAGGACCUUUCGGACGAUCACUGCCAAUACUUCAUCUACCAGACCCUCCGCGCCCUCAAGGCCAUGCACUCUGCCAAUGUGCUGCAUAGAGACUUGAAGCCCUCCAACCUCCUGCUGAACGCCAACUGCGACCUCAAGGUCUGUGAUUUUGGUCUUGCCAGAUCUGCCGCUUCGCAGGAAGAUAACUCUGGUUUCAUGACUGAAUACGUCGCUACUCGCUGGUACCGUGCGCCUGAAAUCAUGUUGACUUUCAAGGAGUACACGAAGGCCAUUGAUGUUUGGUCUGUAGGUUGUAUUCUCGCCGAAAUGCUGAGCGGAAAGCCUCUUUUUCCAGGCAAGGAUUAUCACCAUCAGCUGACUUUAAUUCUUGACGUUCUUGGUACUCCAACUAUGGAAGAUUACUACGGAAUCAAGUCUCGCCGCGCUCGCGAGUACAUUCGCUCUCUGCCCUUCAAGAAGAAGGUCCCCUUCCGCACGCUAUUCCCUAAGACGUCUGAUCUGGCUCUUGACCUGCUAGAGAAGCUUCUUGCGUUCAACCCCGUGAAGCGAAUUACGGUCGAGGAAGCUCUCAAGCACCCAUACCUUGAGCCCUACCACGACCCCGAAGACGAGCCGACCGCCCCUCCGAUUCCCGAGGAGUUUUUCGAUUUUGACAAGCACAAGGACAACUUGAGCAAAGAGCAGUUGAAGCAGCUUAUUUACCAGGAGAUUAUGCGGCCCAUCAGGCUGGACCUUGGGUCGCUGGGAGAAGUGCAAUUCAUUUUGCCAUUGUGA